AUGGCGCAACCCUCCUACUGUAGGUACGAGCUUGUAUCGGAGCUCACGUCCUACUACGAAUUCUUGACUCAGAUCUACCUGCCCCCAGACGUCAUUCAAUACUCCCCGGAGGGCGGCUGGGGGCACAUCACACCCGACUUCGUCAAGUCCUUCUGUCUAGGCAAGAACGACACCGUAGCGGACCUGAUGAAGCAUAUCCCUUACAUGCGCCGCACAAAGGAGGACGGACGACUGGGAUCCGCGGCAGAUUUACGGGAACGCUAUUCCUGUAGACUUCACUAG